AAUUUAAUUUCAGUUUGAUUUUACUGUCUUGUCCAAUCUGAAACUUUUUGGUAAGGGAAUAUUUCCGAUAUCCGAUUGAGGAAGUAGGGUGAUGAACGGCGCUUCUCCAGCUCAUUCAUCGGUAUCGACAACAGCCGUAGCAGGAGGCGGUGGAAGCAGCGGAGCCGCAGCUGGACUAGACGAUUUCCCAUUUCCACCGGAUAUUCCUUCUAUGCAGGACCGAAAGGACGAAGCCAUGCGAGUUUUGAAAACUGAUUUGAUGGGAGAGCUAGACAAAGAGGUUAAAUCUUUGGAAGAAGACAGUUGGAUGUUCCAAGGUCCUCGUUCUCGUAUCCAUCUUAUCUCCAGAAGAGGUAACUUUCUCAAGAGAGACUGUGAAGCUGUGGUUAAAUCAAGCACUGUUCAGCUGCCCAGAUGAUCAGAUUUAAAGAUGAAAAAUUCCGGAAAAGGGGUUUGUGAAAGCUUUGCUUGAUGCAUCUCUCUUUGGUUACAAAUGCCACUAAAACGUUGACUCUCUUGUUUUCCUCCCUUUCCUACUGCUAUUUUUUUUUUGUUAAAAAGUCACUGGCUUGAUUGAUGCCAAAAAGAAGAAGCCACAGUAUCUAAUUGAUUUUUGAAUCUAACAUCUCAAGCCUCUGAAUCA